AGCAUAGUCAUGGCAUUCUCCAAAAAUUCGUUCAUUUGUUUGGUGCGAGUAUAUUCAUCGCUUUUGCAGUUUUACCAGGACUGUUUACAGUUUGCUUUUUGAAAUUCAGCAUUUUCUAAUUUAUUUGGUGAAUGUUAAAUUAAUAAUUAAUAGAUCAUAGCUUUUAUUUCGUUCUUAGGAAUAGCUAUGGAGAAAAUUCUGGAGCAGCAGUUACUGCAAGCUGGCAAGAUUGUGGAAGCCCAACUGGACAGCGAGAUCAAACGGCUUGAUGAAUUGGCAUCAAAUGAAGACGAUCUUGAAGCUCUUCGCGAACGCAGACUGCAAGCCAUGAAGAACGAAGCUCUGAAGAAGCAGGAGUGGAGAUCGAACGGUCAUGGAGUGUUUUCCGAGCUCGGCGACGAGAAGGACUUCUUCCAAGCAUGCAAAAAAAGCAAAAAUUUAGUGUGCCACUUCUAUCGACCUACCACACAGCGCUGUCAGAUUGUCGAUCAACAUUUGGAGCUGCUGGCUAGAGAUCAUUUGGAGACACGUUUCGUGAAGAUCAACGUGGAACGCUGUCAUUUCCUGGCCGAACGGCUGCGUAUUGUAGUUAUCCCUACCAUCGCUCUUGUCCUUGACGAUAAAGUGGUCGAUUAUAUUGUGGGAUUUGACGAUGUUGGGGGGCGCGACGAUUUCGCUACGGCACAAUUGGAAUGGCGUCUGGCGCAUGGAAAAGUAAUUAAUUUCAGCGGAGAUUUGUCCAUUCCACCUACGAAGACGAAGGCACCUGCUUCUGCGUCCACUCUCGGCAGAACUCAGAAUCUCCGGUCGAAGGCCAAUGAUUCUGCAGAUUCUGAUAGCGAUUGAUCUUUUGAGUAAUUUUUAAUUAUCAUAUUUUUUUAUCGUUGGUUUAAUUACUGGCACAUUCUCACUGGUCAGUUGCGUUUGGUUCGAGUUGACGAGUGAAGCGUCUCAUUUAUUUGCCCCCAUGUACACUGUACAUUGUACGGCAUGGUUAUUCCUAUACAUUUUUCAAAUAAAAAAAUCG